CUACCUACGAUCAGUAUCACAAGCCCCACUAGCAAAUAUAUAUACGGUGUUUCUCUGCUCAAUUCUUAAUCGUCCGAUCUUCAUCGAUAUAUCCAAUGGCCGAGCACCAACAGCAAUCCCAGCACCCAGCCCAACCACCCCGGUCACAUCAAGUUGUCAAGGCAGCCACCGCGGCCACCGCCGGAGGGUCCCUCCUGCUACUCUCUGGCUUGAUCCUAGCCAGCACGGUCAUCGCCUUGACCGUAGUCACCCCACUGCUUGUGAUAUUCAGUCCUGUUCUCGUCCCGGCGGUCAUUACAGUCUGUCUUAUUAUCUUUGGGUUCUUGGCCUCCGGUGGAUUAGGAGUAGCGGCGGUGACAGUUUUGUCUUGGAUUUAUAGGUACGUGACGGGAAGGCAACCACCUGGGGCGGAACAAAUUGACCAGGCACGCAUGAAGCUGGCUAGCAAGGCUCGAGAGAUGAAGGACAAGGCUGAGCAGUUUGGUCAGCAGCAUGUCUCUGGUGCCCAGAGCUCUUAAGCUCUCAUCUACGAUGGAAGCUGUAGUGGAGGGGUUCAUUGGUUGUCUGUUUCUCGUUAUCGCGUUGUGGUUUUUGAGUGCUUUUUAUAUGGUGUCGAUCUGUUACUGUCGAUGUAAUGAAUUAAACUAUUUUAAGUGAAUUAACUUGAAUUUCUAUUU